UCUUUCUUAGCUAGUCACCGGCCCCGGCCCAAGAAUCCCUGUGUGUGUGUGUGGCCUCUGCAGAGAGGUGUUUCUCCCGGAAUCCCGAGGGUCCAUCGGAGCUUCCGAGAACUGGGGAGAAGCCAUCCCAGCCAUGACCCGCUGCGGGAAUCUGCCGGGGGGCAAGUGGCCCGGAGUCCUCAUGCCCCUCUGGCUUCUCCGGAGGGAGAGGUGAACCCUGGGCAGCCCGCCCACAGCCAGAGGUGCCGGGAGCCCUGGGCCUGUCAUGGUGGCCGUUCGCAGCCAGCCUGAGGCACUCCCAGACAGGUUUGCAGCUGAGCUUGUUUAUCUGGUGUGGGAAGAAGAUGGGGAGUUACUUGUCCGUCCCGGCUUACUUCACCUCCAGAGACCCCUUUCGGUGUUCAGAAUGCCAGGAUUCCCUCACCAACUGGUACUAUGAGAAGGAUGGGAAGCUUUACUGCCACAAGGACUACUGGGGGAAGUUUGGGGAGUUCUGCCAUGGGUGCUCUCUGCUGAUGACAGGGCCUGUCAUGGUGGCCGGGGAGUUCAAGUACCACCCAGAGUGCUUUGCCUGUAUGAGCUGCAAGGUGAUCAUUGAAGAUGGUGAUGCAUAUGCCCUGGUGCAGCACUCCACCCUCUACUGUGGGAAGUGCCAUAAUGAGGUGGUGUUGGCACCCAUGUUUGAGAGGCUCUCCACGGAGUCUGUUCAGGACCAGCUGCCCUACUCCGUCACACACAUCUCCAUGCCAGCCACCACCGAGGGCAGACGGGGCUUCUCCGUGUCCGUGGAAAGUGCCUGCUCCAACUAUGCCACAACUGUGCAAGUAAAAGAGGUCAACCGGAUGCACAUCAGUCCCAGCAACCGCAACGCCAUCCACCCUGGGGAUCGCAUCCUGGAGAUCAAUGGGAUCCCCGUCCGCACACUCCGAGUGGAAGAGGUAGAGGAUGCAAUUAACCAGACAAGCCAGACGCUUCAGCUCUUGAUUGAACAUGAUCCUGUCUCCCAGCGCCUGGACCAGCUGCGGCUGGAUGCACGACUCUCCCCCCACAUGCAGAAUGCCGGACACUCCCAUACCCUCAGCACCCUGGACACCAAGGAGAAUCUGGAAGGCACACUAAGGAGACGCUCCCUGAGGCGCAGUAACAGCAUCUCCAAGUCUCCUGGCCCCAGCUCCCCAAAGGAGCCCCUGCUCUUUAGUCGUGACAUCAGCCGCUCAGAAUCGCUCCGCUGUUCCAGUAGCAAUUCACAGCAGAUCUUCCGGCCAUGUGACCUGAUCCACGGGGAGGUCCUGGGGAAGGGCUUCUUUGGGCAGGCCAUCAAGGUAACACACAAAGCCACUGGCAAAGUGAUGGUCAUGAAGGAGUUAAUUCGGUGUGAUGAGGAAACACAGAAGACUUUUCUGACUGAGGUGAAGGUGAUGCGCAGCCUGGACCACCCCAAUGUGCUCAAGUUCAUUGGUGUGCUAUACAAAGACAAGAAGCUGAACCUGUUGACAGAGUACAUUGAGGGGGGCACGCUGAAGGACUUUCUGCGCAGUGUGGACCCGUUUCCCUGGCAGCAGAAGGUGAGAUUUGCCAAAGGCAUCGCCUCUGGAAUGGCCUAUUUGCACUCCAUGUGCAUCAUCCACCGGGAUCUGAACUCACACAACUGCCUUAUCAAGCUGGACAAGACUGUGGUGGUGGCAGACUUUGGGCUGUCACGGCUUAUAGUUGAGGAGAGGAAAAAGCCCCCAGUGGAGAAGGCUACCACCAAGAAACGCACCUUGCGUAAGAAUGACCGCAAGAAGCGCUAUACAGUGGUGGGAAACCCCUACUGGAUGGCCCCUGAGAUGCUGAACGGAAAGAGCUACGAUGAGACAGUGGAUGUCUUCUCUUUUGGGAUCGUUCUCUGCGAGAUCAUCGGGCAGGUGUAUGCAGAUCCUGACUGCCUGCCCCGAACACUGGACUUUGGCCUCAACGUGAAGCUUUUCUGGGAGAAGUUUGUCCCCACAGACUGCCCCCCAGCCUUCUUCCCCCUGGCAGCCAUCUGCUGCAAACUGGAGCCCGAGAGCAGACCAGCAUUCUCAAAACUGGAGGACUCCUUUGAGGCUCUCUCUCUGUACCUGGGGGAGCUGGGCAUCCCACUGCCUGCAGAGCUGGAAGAGCUGGACCACAAUGUGAGCAUGCAGUACGGCCUGACCCGGGACUCACCCCCCUAGCCCUGGCCCAGCCCCCUGCGGGGGGGCGUUCUGCAUCCACCAUUGCCCCCUCUGCGCCCCAUCCCUGCUGUGGGCAGGGCCGUCCGGGCUUCCUGUGGAUUGGCAGCUUGUUUAGAAACAGAACAAGCCAUCCCUACUACCUCCCCAGGAGGCGAGCGGGCGCAGCACCAGGGAAACACAUCAAGGUUUGGGGGUCUGGUUACUGUCUGUAGAUCCAACACUCGCCUGAAAGCUGUGAAGAAAAAAAA